UCUCACUUAUAUAUAACGGCGACUUGUUACCACAGCAAAUCAUCAUUGGUACAUUGUGCUCAAUGCCGAGCUUGAGAAGAAGUUAUUUUACCCAAAUAAAUUCUUUGGUGAUAGCUUUCUUUGCACAGAAAUCAACUUCAGUAGAUGAAAGGGAUACAUCAUCUUGUUUCUUGUUUAGCAAAAAAAAAAAAAAUCUUGUUUCUUAGUCUUCCAAGUGAUAGGAGAACAUCCAAACUGGAUUUAUCUAUCUGGCCGAGGAGCAACGAGAGAUAAGGCAUGCACCCCAAUACGCAUCACACCAGCCGGCUACGAUAAUAAAUUAUAUGAUUAUAAUUAAACUGUUAUUGUACCUAGAGACAAGCUACCGAGAUUUUAGAAUCAAAGAUUAUUUAAAACUCAUGUAUCAUGUGGGAUUUAUUGGGAACUCAAAUUAUUAUUAGCUGUAAUGAAUACUUGCAGGGAAUCAAUUGAUUCGAAUCAUUUCAGAUAUUAUACACCAACUAACCCAAAAGCUAAUUAUGUUAUACAUGUUAAAUAUUUUUACUAACAGAAUACCAGCAAAUGAAAUUAGGUUUCGUCUUUAUUACCAGCAAUAUAUAUUUGUUUUUUUGUCUUGGAUCAAUUAUAACUUCGUUUGAAUCUUAAACACAUCUUUUGUAACAAGAAGGUAAGAACCAACAAAACAAAUGGAUCCGAAGGAGCUUCCACCCAACGUAAGAGACGACAAGAUAAGCGAAGAAACGAAGAAGUUGAUCUCUUCGCUUCCUACACACACAGAUUCCCAAGGGCAGAAGCUUUGUAAAUAUCAAGGAUGUUGGUAUUAUUACAACACCCUCCAAGGCGUUCUCAAUUUCCAGAGUGGUUUUCAACCGCAGGACACCGAUAUAAUCAUUGCUUCUUACCCAAAAUCAGGCACUACUUGGCUCAAGGCCCUCAUUGUCGCCCUUUUGGAGAGAUCAAAGAACCAUUCUUCUUCUAAUGAUCAUCCUCUACUACAUGAUAAUCCUCAUGGCAUUGUACCAUUCUUGGAGAUCGAUGUUUUUCACGAAAGCUCAAGUCCUAACCUAGACAAGUUCUCAGCAACUCCGAGGCUGUUCUCGACUCACAUGCCACUGCACGCAAUGCACGAAACCCUCAAGCAGACUCCUUGCAAGAUUGUCUACGUGUGUAGGAACUUGAAGGACACGUUGAUCUCGACUUGGCUUUUUGCCUGUGCUAUUCUUAAAAUAGAACCAACCAGAAGCAUACUCGAGUCUAUGUUCAAAUCAUUAUGCAACGGAACAAUCUUUUAUGGACCAUUUUGGGACCAUCUCUUGAGCUACUGGAGAGGAAGCUUCGAAGACCCCAAGCACGUCCUUUUCAUGAGGUAUGAGGAAAUGAAAUCAGAGCCUCAUGAACAGAUCAAGAGACUUGCCGACUUCUUGGGUUCUCCUUUUACUAAGCAAGAAGAAGAGAGUGGAUCUGUUGAGGAGAUCUUGGACCUUUGCUCUCUGCGUAAUCUGAGCAGUUUGGAGGUGAACAAAACCGGGAAAGUAAACAAUGUGGAUCACAAGAAUUUUUUCCGUAAAGGGGAAGUCGGUGACUCGAAGAAUUAUCUUACGCCUGAAAUGGAGAACAAGAUAGACAUGAUUAUCCAAGAAAAGUUGCAAGGUUCUGGUUUGAAUUUUUAGUGUGUUAUGGUUCUUGUUUUCUUUGAUGCAGCAUAAUAAGAGUACCUCCCGUUGUUAUCUUCCUUAAUAACUUGUUAACGUCAAUGCCAAUUCUUUUUUAAGACAAAUUAUAAAGCUUAACCGUGAGUUUCUUUAUUUAAAGAGACAAAGAACAAUCUCAAGUCGGGAAGUCCCUAGUUUCAGCGCAAUCACAAAGAAAUCAAUUCUCUGAUCGAAAGAAACAAACCAAUUCCAAGCCAAGUUCCAAUGAAGAAGACUACUCCCGUUUUGUAUGAAUCUUGUUUUUGACUCUUUCACUCUUAACAGCCAAUCAUUACCUUCAAGAAGUGCCAUGUCAGCUUACUAUUUAUUCAUAUUAGCCAGCUCACCCUCAUCAACCUCAUACCCCCCUUGCUAAAGAAGCUUGCCCUCAAGGUUCUGUAAAAUGAAUUAAUUGUAACUUCUCCGACAGAGGAAAGUUUGCAAGCAACUCUGCUGGAUUUGUGUACUUUGGGCCGCAUCAUCACUGCAUUGCACACUUCCACAACAAACUCAAGAUGUGUCUGGCCAGAUCCUCUCUGUUUGUAUUUAAACAUUCAAGUUUUGUAAUACUUUCUCUGUUUCAGCCUUUGGUGUCCUUGAAUGUGUUGCAGAUUUUCUUUAUUAAAAGGCAGUAAAAUGUCUCCGUCUGUGAUAAUUCCUUGUUCAUGCACUUGACUUUGUAGUGCAUCUCCGGGAAGAAUCACCACAACAAGUGUGUGCCUGAGCUUGUUCUAUCUGGAGCUCGCAAUACACUUUCCAUUUUUAGCUGCUCUAAACCUUGUGCUCUGUUUGAACUUAAACCACCAUCCUUGCACAACUUCCGCUUCCCAGGAUCUUGUAUCCAAAUGAUUAUACUCAGAAUCAGGCGCUCACGUUGCUGCAGGUGUACGUACUGAUUCAGUGCCCCUUGUGGCAAGAAACUAACGACUAUCUUCUCCCUUGUCUUUCCUGUUCUGGUUCUGUACUUCCCCAGGCCUACCAAAUUAUCAACUUUCACCCAGGCUGCCCUAUUCGUCUUCUCUAACAUGCUGUACUUAGCAGUGCUUUGAUCUGAAAGUAUUUUCUGCAUCAGUUUCAUUUUGAAUAACCAUUGUAAGGUCAUCAAAUCAAUAUGCAAGUCUUGACAAUCUUGCUGCAAUGUUUUGUCCUUCCAGCAAUCCCAUAAAGAAAAACAGACCCUCAUUACCAACGUUGAGUUGGCCUAGUGGUAAAGGGGUUACGGUUGUAACUACCCCCCCCCCCCCCGAGUUCAAUUUACGGUGGAAAUGACUAUUUACAAUGUUUGGAUUCCUGGCAAAGAGGUGAAACCACCUUUUUCUUGGCAAAAAAAAAAAAAACAUGCCCCUCAUUUCCAAUAGCGCAAUACGCCAAGAGAAAAUUAAAUGUCACGUUGUUCAUUUCCUCUUGUACACAUGGUUGCUGCUUAAACUUGAACAACCAAGGUGUAGAAAGAGUCCAUUCCACCGGAUUUAUGUGUGUAAUCUGACUCCGAGAGAGCAACAUUCAAUAAAAUUCCUCGCCAAUGAAGAGAGUAAAAUCACAAAGAUUCGUGCAUGAUCCUAGUCUUUUAUGUCUCCACGUGGAAAUUUUCUUUAGUGAAAAACUGCAUCAUACGUAUUACCGCUUCCCCAAGCUGAGCAAAAACUGCCACCAGUAACUUGAGAUCAGGCAUUGAGUGAGUGAAAUUAAAUCCCUGUUUACACAAGAACUUUGACGUUAAUGUGAUUUUCUUCUCCCUAUCUCUAACUCGAAAUAAAUAUCCGACCGCAUGUUUUGCAGAACCAGAAACGGCUACUCUAAUUGAUUCAAAGCUUCUCUUUACAAUCAACUCAGGUAAUGAAGAACACAUAGUGAAUCAGAGAAUUGUAGGAAAUCUCCCAGUGAACCUCAUUUCUUUGAUUUGGUGUAGCAAAGAACUUAGAUGUAGCGGUUGGAAGUACAUCCGUCUGCUCAUAUCCCAACUGGUACACAAAUUGAUGUAGCGGUUUGUUUUCUAUUCUUGAAGUUCCACAAUCCAAUCGUCUUUCUUUAGUUACUCUGUUUUUGUAGGCCCUGUUCGUUUGCUCACCCAGGUGAUCCAUUUGGGUGAAGAUGCAAAUUGAUGUUCUUUUGUGCAUUAUAAUGCUACAUCCAGAUGGAUCAUCCAGCUGAAUUUUUAAAAACUCAUCUCAAAUUCUCACUCAAAUGAAGGUGAGUCUUGAUGGUGCAUCUGGAUGCAGAUGCAUCUAGUUCAGUCCAAAAUGAUAAAUGACAAAAAUAACCUUUUAAAAUCAAAAAAUUAUUUUCAAACCGUAAACUCUAUUUUUUUGCAAAUACAUUUUUCCGCUAUAACCAAAACAUGUAUUUUCUCGCAAAAACUGAAAAACACACUUUCCCGCCAAACCGCAAGAUACGUUUUUCCGCAAAAAACACAUAAACACACACAUUUUCCUAAAGACACAUUUUUCGGCUAAACCAGUAAAACCGCACUUUUUGACCAAAACCGAAAAAAACGCAUUUUCCUGUGAAAACAAAAAAAACGCAUUUUUCCGCCUAAACCCAAAAACGCAUUUUACCGCCAAAACUCCAAAAAGCAUUUUUCUGGCCAAAACCGCAAAAAGUAGUUUCUCGACAAAACUGGAAAAAAGAAAAUUUCCCAACAAAACCGAAAAAAUGAAUUUUCUCGCCAAAACCGAAAAACACAAAUUUCCCGCCAAAACCGAAAAACACAAUUUUCCCGCCAAAACCAAAAAACACAUUUUCCCGCCAAAACUGGAAAACACAAUUUUACCGCCAAAAUCGGAAAAACGCAUUUUCCCGCCAAAACUGGAAAAACCGCAAGAUGCGAUUGCCUUGUUCAGUGAGAUGGUAAUGUCUCGUCCUUUCCCUUCCAUCAUCGAGUUCAGUAAACUGUUGAAUGCAAUCGCGAAGAUGCGAUGUCGUCAUCUCUUUGGGAGAGAAGAUGGAGAUGCUAAGGAUUAAGCAUAAUAUCUACACAUAAAUUAUUUUGAUUAACUGUUUCGGCCGCCCCUCCCAGCUCCCUCUGGCUUUAGCUAUGCUUGGCAAGAUGAUGAAACUUGGCUAUGACCUCUGAGGCUGUAGCUUUGCUUGAUCAAAUGGUGGAAAUAUGAUAUCAACCCAACACAGUCACAUUUACAACUCUAAAUCUCAACAACAAAGCUUCUGAAGCUGUGGCUUUAGUCGAUCGACUGGUUGCCAAAGGAUGUCAACCGAACCUGGUUACGUACGGUGCUGUAGUAAAUGGAUUAUGUAAGAGAGGUGAGAUUGAUUUGGCUUUACUUCUGCUCAAGAAGAUGGACAAGGCGAAAAUAGAGGUGAAUCUUGUGAUCUAUAACACUGUAAUUGAUGGUCUUUGCAGAUACAAACAUGUGGAUGAUGCACUCGACCUAUUCAGUGAAAUGGAGAAGAAAGGAGUUAGGCCGAAUGUUUUUACUUUCAGUGGAGGAGGCCAAGCAGAUGUUUGAUUUGAUGGCUAGCAAGGAUUGUUACCCAAAUGUAGUGACUUAUACUACUCUCAUAAAUGGAUUUUGUAAGUCUAAGAGAGUAGAAAGUGGAAUGGCACUCUUUUCGCGAGAUAUCUCAAAGAGGAUUGGUUGGCAACACCAUCACUUACAACACCCUUAUCCAAGGUUUCUGUCAAGUUGGAGAUUGUGAUAUCACUCAAGAAAUUUUCAAACAAAUGGUUUCUAGUGGUUUAGCUCCCAAUAUUUGGACAUACAACAUUUUGUUGGAUGGGCUUUGUAACAACAGGAAGCUAGAGAAAGCAU